AUGCUCAUAUCAGGCUGGGAGUACCUGCGUGAGAAGAACAACGAGUGGGUCAAGUCGACCUUGAAGGCUCACUGCGUAGAAGUGCUCAAGGAGGUCGACAAGCGGCCGAUGGAUGACGAUGAGAAGGAUGAGCAUGAUGAGAUGCAGUCCAAGAAGCGCCAGAAGGAUGGAUCUCAGAGGACCACUGACCGCUCACGUGACAAGAUUGCCUGCCUUAGUGCAGUGCAAGCGCUGCCUGACCACAAGGACCGUUUUCGUAAGCUUCAGAUCCACCUGGAGAUUUGCGAGCGCUGUUCAGAGGUCGUGUCUUCUCCGAAGUUCCAAGAGAUGAUCGCCUUGGAGCAGGAUCUGGUGACAAAGGGUCUCAAUCCCAAGUCCGAGAAAGAGCUCUUGGCCUUUCUCCAGGACCCAGCGGUGAAAGCUAACCUCAAACUGAGAUUACUGAUGCUCUGCGAGGUGUCAUGGCAUGUACUUUUCCAUGCAGUCAGCAAUUUUGCACGUGAAUUCGAUGGUGUAUUUUGCCACUAA